GUCAGCCUUUCCGCCAGACUCAGGUACCCCGUACACCUCGUCGACAAACAUGACCACCGCAGAGAGAAGAUUUCCAAGAGGUGUUAACUUGAACGUCACUCUAUCAUGUCCGGAAUGUAAAGUCUUCCCUCCUGACUUGAUCGAAAGACACAGUGAAGGAGACAUUGUUUGUGGACUCUGUGGGUUGGUUCUUUGCCAGAGAAUUAUUGAUAACAGAUCCGAAUGGAGAACCUUCAAUAACGACGACCAAAAGGGUGACGACCCUUCCCGUGUGGGUGAGGCCACAAAUUCUAUAUUGGAUGGUGACCAAUUAAACACUGUGAUCUCUGCAGGUAUCGAUGCCAGUCGAGCAGCCAGAGAUCUUAACAGGACCCAAAGUAGAUCUUUCGCCGAUAAAAAGUCCCAUAUCCUACAGGCUGCAUUCGCCAAAAUUACUCAGAUGUGUGAUGGUUAUCAGCUUCCUAGAGUCGUUCAAGAUGGUUCAAAGGAAGUCUAUAAAUUAGUCUAUGAUGACCCAUCAUUGAAGGGGAAAUCACAGGAGAGUAUUAUGGCAGGUGCAAUCUUCCUAGGUUGUAGAAAGGCAAGCGUCCCUCGUUCUUUUAAGGAAAUAUGGGCUCUAACGAACGUUCCGCGUAAGGAGAUUGGCAGAGUUUUUAAGGCAAUUAACUCGAUCAUUCAGCGGAAGAAUGAAGAACAGGGUGGUUUGAUCACUUACCAAAAUGAUAGUAUAAAUACAAGACACACAAAUCCAGAGGAUUUGGUGGGCAGAUUCUGCUCCCAUCUUGGAUUAUCUCCUCAAGUCGCCAGUGCAGCCCAGUCGAUUGCCAAGAGUCUGAAAGACGUCGGUGUACUUGAAGGUAGAUCUCCAACAACCAUUGCCGCAACAGUCAUCUAUUUUACUACUCUGGUAUUUGAUCAGAAAAUCACCCUUUCAAAAAUCAGUGAGAAGACAGGGGUUUCCGAGGGUACCAUAAAGUCGUCUUACAAAUUGAUGCAUUCUGCAAGACAAAAGUUAGUGGAUCCUGCAUGGAUUGAAAGCGGUAGAGUAGACAUCUCCAAGCUGGAGUGAUUAGCUCAGUCAAGGCCGAACAACAAAAACGACAACAAAAAAGAAAAAAAAAACACCAAAAAAAAAAUCAAAACAUUAACUAAUACUACUCGUUAUCAUUAUUUGCUGCGUCAUCUUUCUAAUCGUAAAAACUGAAACUAUUCGAAGUCUAGAAAUCUUUUUCAAUUCAAAACGGACUGCGCUGUCCUUCUUUUUCCUUUUUUUUGUGUAAAAAAAGUUACUAUCACAAAUGUGAACUAUAAACAGUGAAAUAUGUUACAUAAAUUUAUCGAUUUAUAUAUUGUUUGUUAUUUUUCGGGCUUUAAACUCGAUCUAUUGUUAUGUACAAAAAAUUUCUCAAAAAAAUAAAAAACCUC